GGUAGAGAUGCCUGAAAAUAAUACUUGGAUUUAAGAACCAAUUACAUUUAUAAUCAUAUUGUUGUUAAUUGUUGGACACUCCAUUAUGGUUAAUGGGACUACCGAGACGAACAGUUCCAGUCAUGGACUGAGUCAUGUUGAGCGAGUGUUGGUACCCAUAUUUGACAGCUUCAUCCUGGUAACCGGGGUGGUGGGACACAUCCUGGUUCUUAUCGUCAUCUGUCGUACGAUGCGGCGAGGACGUGGACAGCUCAGUGGAGGAAGGACUGGAGGAUUCCAUCAAACAAAUGCAAAUGGCACAGAUGUUCUUCUUCUGUCAUUGAGUGUGGCAGACCUUCUUCUCCUUUCCUGUCUUCCAUACCACACAGUUGCCAUUGCAACCCGUCACUGGCCGUUUGGAAGCUUCAUGUGCAAAUCUGUGAGCUUCUUGAGUGCGAUGUGUACGGCGGCGAGCGCCUUUACGCUGGCCACUUUGGCUUUUGCGCGGUACAUCAUUGUGGUCCAUCAGUCAAAAGCAUAUCAAUGGCGCAGAGAGGGGCAUUUAAAAGUCGUUGCGGGUGUACUGUGGAUACCAGCGGUCGUCUUGGCAUCGCCUCAGUUUGCUUGGAGGAUGCUGGACAACCAUAAAGCCCGUGAGAACCUGGCAUGUUUCAAUUUCCUGUCUGACAAAGGCCAGUUGGCAUAUGGAGUGUGCCACUUCCUUCUCGCU